AUGGGUUCUCCUUUAUCACCAGUACUCUCCGACAUAGUCAUGGAUGACCUAGAACAAGAUUGCAUUAGCAAACUUGAUUGGUUCCACAAAAAGACUUGGUCGCAGCGCUAUCUUAAUUUUAAUUUACAUCAACCUAAAUCAUACAAAAUUGGUACGAUUAAAAACUUGGUAGACCGAGCUAUUCGUUUGUCUAGUCCUGAAUUCCAUAGUAAAAAUUUGAAUCUUAUACACAAUGUUCUUCUUUUAAACAACUAUCCAAAAUUUCUGAUUACCAAACACACUAAAUCAAAAUACAAUUCCAUCUUAGCUUCACAUAAUAACAACAAUAAUUCUAAUAUCGAUAUACUAAAUUCCAAAAACUUUAUUGCUCUACCGUAUGUUGCCGGCCUUUUCGAAUCACUUAAUAGAAUCUUCCAUAAAUAUAACAUCAGCUUCGUAGGAACUAACAUUGAGAAUUUACAACCCCUUUUUGAUUCAGGCAAAGAUCCUUUGCCCAAGGAUAAAAGAUCUAACAUUGUGUAUAAGAUUCCAUGUUCGGAUUGUAACCAGGUCUAUAUAGGGCAAACCAGUAGGCAAUUACAUACCAGAAUUAGAGAACACAAAAGAAAUAUUCUGGAAAAUGAAGAACAUUACAUAGUGCUCACUAGGCACAUUAUAACAUCUGAUCAUCGUUUCAAUUAUGAUUUGGCCUCCAUAUUAGAAGAGGAACCUGUAUACUCUAGACGUAUUUAUUUAGAAAUGUGCAAUAUUAUUAACCACACCAAUAGCGUAAACCUUCGUCAGGACAUUGAACACCUGAGCACUAUUUACCUACCGAUUAUCAGAAGGUAA